AUGUCGGCGAAGAGUGUAUCAGGGCCUCGUGGAAAGCCUGCCUCGGCAGCUACCAAUCUUAUUGCUGGUGGUGGUGCUGGUAUGAUGGAAGCCCUCAUAUGUCAUCCCCUCGACACAAUAAAAGUCCGUAUGCAAUUGUCGAGACGAGCACGGCAACCAGGUGCCAAGAAACGAGGCUUUCUUACCACAGGUGUAGAGAUCGUGAAGAAGGAAACACCUUUGGGUCUCUACAAAGGAUUGGGGGCUGUUGUCACUGGUAUAGUACCUAAGAUGGCGAUCCGUUUUACUUCGUACGAUUGGUACAAGCAGGCUCUCGCGAACAAGGAGGGAAAGAUCACUAGCCAAAGGACGUUUCUUGCUGGUCUUGCAGCUGGUGUGACUGAGGCCGUGGUGGUGGUGACUCCUAUGGAGGUCGUCAAGAUUCGUCUGCAAUCGCAGCAUCACUCGAUGGCGGAUCCCCUGGAUGUUCCCAAAUACCGAAAUGCGGCCCAUUGCCUGUAUACUGUCAUCAAGGAAGAGGGCCCAGGCGCUCUAUGGCGCGGUGUGUCCUUGACAGCAUUAAGACAGGGCACCAAUCAAGCAGCAAAUUUCACAGCAUACACCGAAAUCCGCUCGUUUCUACAGCAGUACCACAACACAACAGAUCUUCCAGGCUGGGAAACAGCGAUCGUUGGUCUGAUAUCUGGGGCUUGUGGUCCUUUUAGUAACGCGCCAAUCGACACGAUCAAGACUCGCCUUCAGAGAAGCCCUGCGCAACCUGGCGUAUCGGCAGUACAACGCAUUGUGAGCAUUGCAAGUGAUAUGUGGAAACAAGAAGGCGCCAAGGCAUUCUAUAAAGGUAUUACGCCUCGUGUCAUGCGUGUAGCACCUGGUCAGGCCGUCACAUUCACCGUAUACGAAUACCUUAAGAAUCUUCUGGAAAAUGGGCGGGAUAUGUUGCCUGGCGGUCAAUAUGAAGAGUAG